GGGAAGCUUCUACAGCACGCAGUUCGCGGUCCGGGCACCCAAAAGGAGAUGCCCGGCCGGAGUUCAGUGUCCGACUGGUCGGAACGCAGCUCUUCCGCAGAGCCUCCCGCAGUGGCCAGGCCUGAGGGUAGCGGCGGCAGGUUUUUACCAUCAUUUUCUGAAUGCUGAAGACAAUUAGUUGCUGAAGUCACUGCUGGAGGCAGUACCUCCUCAUCCCUUCCACCAGUUAUUCCCUAAAAGUGAGAGCUGCAAGGCUCAAUUCAGCCCACAGGCAUGGCUCCUGCUGCACCCAUGACCAUCUUAAAAAAAAAGAAAAAAAAAUAUGUUUAUAUCAGCUGGACAUUCUUAUUACCAGAAUUCCAAAGAUACUGAUAGAGUCAAAGAUGGACACAAAGUGAACUCACAUAUAGCCAAGCUGCAAGAGUUAUGGAAAACUCCUCAAAUUCAAACAAUUCACAUCCCUAAAUCAAUGACAGAUGCAUCCUUUCUAAAGCAUUCAGACCUCACCGUAGGCCAGGAGCGUUAUCUGUGCAGCAUUGCUAAGAUCUAUAAUGCAAAACAUUUGAGGAUGUUGAUGAAGAGGCAGUACGUGUACAUGAUCCAGCACAGUUCACAGAAGACAGGUGUCCUUGCUCAUCCCAGGAGCCGCCUCAGUUCUCAUUACUCACAGAGGCAGCAUUCCCCCUGCACCACGUGGCGACACCAACUGGAGAGCGUGAACUCAGGGCCUACCAUCACAGCUGCAUCUGCACAUGAAGUGGUCAUACAGCACUCCCUUCGGCGGCCAGGGAGGAGCAAAGAAGGUUUCAAAUCUGGAUAUGCAUCAAAAACAAGAUCUAAGUCACUGAAGAUUUUUAGAAAACCAGGCAGACUGUUCAUACAAUCAGUUUCUGCAAAUGAUUCUGAAUCACAUGUGAAUGAAGAAGAAAAGGAAGAAGAUUUACUAAAUAAGUGUAUGCAAUCAAUGUCAAUUGAAGAACAGGGAGAACAUGUGAUGUUAACUUGACAGUCUCGUGUAUUAAUGAUGCACCAAAGUUCAGGGAAGGAUUGUGAAUUGUGUCCUCUCACUGCAUUUAGGACAGUAUUGUUAGUCACCACCAACUCACUGAUUUUGGUUUGUUCAGAAACUUUUACAGCAGUAUAACUGCUUUGAUGUAGUUCGUGCACCGGUGACAUUUGUGUAAUAAAAUUUAUGUGUAAUAUAUGCUUGUAUAGCUAGAUAAAAUUAAAAUUUUUCUUGCCACUUAAAA